UGAGGUUCCAAGGAAUAAAAAGAAGAAACCUUUGGAAUUGUCAACAAAAAUUUUCUGAGAAAAGUUUGUUUGCAUAUUUUCUCUCAUUUCCGUGGUUGUAAAUGAAAUUAGUAGUGUUUAAGUAGUUUAGUUAAUCAUGAUAAAGGCAAUUCUAGUGUUUAACAAUCAUGGAAAACCCAGACUGUCGAAAUUCUAUCAAUAUUUUAGCGAAGAUAUGCAGCAACAGAUUAUCAAGGAGACAUUCCAGCUGGUGUCAAAACGAGAUGACAAUGUGUGCAAUUUCCUGGAAGGUGGAAGCCUAAUUGGUGGAUCGGACUACAAAUUGAUCUAUAGGCACUAUGCUACUCUCUACUUUGUCUUCUGUGUGGAUUCGUCGGAGAGUGAGCUGGGGAUUCUCGAUUUAAUCCAGGUUUUCGUGGAGACUCUCGACAAAUGCUUCGAGAAUGUCUGUGAGCUAGAUCUGAUUUUCCAUGCUGAUGCCGUCCAUCACAUCCUGUCGGAACUGGUGAUGGGUGGAAUGGUGCUGCAGACAAAUAUGGCAGAUAUCCUGGCCAGAAUAGAGGAUCAAAAUAAACUGGUGAAGCAGGAGGCGGGAAUAUCAGCAGCCCCUGCCAGAGCCGUGAGUGCAGUGAAGAGCAUGAACAUUCCGCAGCAGAUAAAAGACAUGAAAUUGCCAGAUCUGCCUCAAGCGAUCAAAGAUCUGAAAUUCUGACCAAUUAGCUAUGAUCCUCAUCAUGCAAUGUACAUCCCCAUUGAAUGCACUCCCAUCUCCAGCGUGUCUCAAAUCGGUGAACUGUAUCAGAGUGACGUGGCCUCAAAUACGCCCCAAAUCCUCCACGAUAGAGUCCUACCCACGCCCUCCAGUGACUUCCGUGUCCUCAAAUCCCUGCGCAGUCUCGCCCUCAAUCCCUAUCGACUCAAUUUCACCACCCACGAGGUCCUGGGCGGCAUCAAUUCCCUGGAACCCGAGGGAUCCCUUGCGAAGGGAGACUCUACGCGAGAUUUCCUGCAAUAAACCCCAUCUGGCAUCCACAACACAAUAUCUAAUGAGACUACUGAUAUUUUAUUUUAUGUGGGAAUAUAUUUUUAGGGCCUCCGGAACUUCCGGACAGGAAGGUUCAGAAGGCAAUGCUGAAAGGAAAAAAAGAUAAUAAAUGUUCCGUACCAUUAA